UCACUAUCAUUAUAGACAACAUCAUACUGAUUCAACAGACAUGGGUUCUACUUUGUUACACCCUGCUCUUUCAGAGCCAGAGUCAUCACCCUUAUCACCUGCUAAUGAACCAGUUGACGAUGAGCAAUCAAAUCUAGACGACAACAAACAAUCAUUUGCCCUUUGCAAGUUACUUAACUCCCAUCUGUCAGUUUUUAAUGCCUUGAACAAUCCAGAAUUGGAUUCUCCAAUGUUGUUUGAUUCUCCUAGGUUGAGAACCCCUGAAGUAUUUCUUGACCAGUCAACAACCCAGGGACAACAGCUGCAAUUCUCUAUAACUUCAUGGCAAUCAAUAACCAACGAGUUCUUGCAAAAUUCCCCAGCUAUUUCACGUGUUCCUUCUAAUAUUAAGCGCGUUACUAAAACAUCCAGCAUACUUUCUACUGAUGAUGAUUUACCCAGAGAUUAUUCAGCCAUAAUUGUUCCAUCACCGUCUAAUAUAAAUGCUAUGGUGUUUGAUACCGAUGAAGAAGGUGAUAGUGAAUAUGAAAUUCCCCAGCCUUCAUUUAUCAUGCCCAAGAUGUCAUUUUCUGCCAACUCAGAGCCAGCUUUCAACAAAUACCAAGUUGCAAUUUUGUCUUUCUCACAUAAACCUGAGAUAGAUCAAUUAAUUGGUUCACUACGUGAUGAAUUAAGCAAACAGGUUAAUAUAAUCCAUAUAAAUUUACAAGGGGAAUGGAGAAAUACCAAAUCAAUUAUGCAGACUUCCAAUUUGAUCUUUAUCAUCAAUGAUGGGUCUUCAAGUAUUGUGAAAUACUUGAAUACAAUAAUGGAUAAACCAGUAGAAGAGGAUUCACAGAAAGUCACCAUUGUUAAUUUGAUCACUGUCAAUUACUUUAUCAACUUGUUUGAAUUGAUCAAUUCAUUACGUCCUUAUCAAAUUUGGAAGGCAGCUUCGUUAAAGCAAGAUAACUUAAUUGAUAGAUUUACAUCAUUUAUCGAAUUGGAAUGUGAUGCAGAAGAUAAUUCAAAACAAAUUGUUCCCAAAGCCAUGUAUUAUUCAAGUUUGAUAUCUACCCAAAGGCAAGAUUAUAAAGUUAUUGAAAAACAGUUCAAGUUUGAUUUGCAAUCUUCAACCACGUAUAAUGAUCCAUUUAAAUUAUCUAAAAGUUUUGUUAAACUUGAUCUUUUAUUUUCUAAUUUCAAAAAGUUGUUUGUUCUGAAUGGCGGAGAUAAUAAUAUGUGGUUAAUUUAUAGUUUUACAAUGGGAAUUGGAUUUGGAAUCGGUAUGGCAACAGGAACAAUGUCCUUACUUGGAUAUUAUGUGUAUGAUGAACUUUGUGGAGGAGGAAAGAUUGAAACUGAAGCCAUUUUACAGGAAGCUCCGAAAGUUGAAUUUGAUUCAGGAUCAACUAUGGAUAAAUUGCUCGAGGGCUUAUCUAAUGCGAGAAUUGUUUUAGAAGUUAAAGAAUUUUGUACGAAUUAUGUUUUGGGUUUUAGUUCUACGGUAUUUGUUUGUAUUCAAGGUGGGCUAGAGAAAGUUAUUAGUCUUUUUUUAAGUGUAUAGGUUUGAAUAUAUUGUAUG